UUGAGCCGUAAUGGCGGCAGUUUCAUAAAUGUUUGUAGAUUUAAGCGCACUGUCGUCGAAGUUGUGAGGUUUGGCCACAAAAAGUUUAGGUGCAAGUUUAAGUAUUGGAGAAUCACAUUUCUGUUGACUGUGACUGAAUGAUUUAACGGUCUUUGGAGAUGUAUUGUAAAAAAACAAACCGUUUCUUUUACAUCCGUUUAAUUUCAGUAAAAAAGUUUCUCUCUGCGUAGUUAUUCAUACCGAUUCGAUCCGUUCAUUCAUUAUGGACCCGGUGAAAUUCUGUCCUCCACUUCAUAUACAGAGGUACCAGUUUGUGAUCGAUUUUGUGGAAAAACACAAGCCUAAAAAGGUGGCAGACCUGGGGUGUGCCGGCUGUGGUCUUUUGAGAAAGCUCAAAUUUUGUCGUGACAUAGAAUUGUUAGCUGGAGUUGAUAUUGAUUGUGCUGCCAUCACAGAAAAAAAGUAUACGUUAGCCCCUCUGUCUUGUGAAUAUUUGAAACCCGACAACCGACCUCUAACUAUACAGCUCUACCAAGGGUCUGUUAUCGAAAAGGAGCCCCGCAUGAAAGGGUUUGAGCUAGUGACAUGCAUAGAGCUGAUUGAGCACCUGCAUCCCGAAGAAGUAGAGAAGUUUUCUGAGGUGUUGUUUGGUUACAUGUCCCCAGGAGCAGUAAUUGUUAGUACCCCUAAUGCAGACUUCAAUCCCCUGCUGCCAGGACUCACUGGGUUUAGACACCAGGAUCAUAAAUUUGAAUGGACCCAAAAGGAGUUUCAGAACUGGGCUUUGGCUGUUUGUGAUUUGUAUGGUUACAAGGUAGAGUUCACAGGAGUUGGAAUCACACCACGCAACACCAAGAAUGUAGGCUUUUGUACACAGAUUGGGGUUUUCAACAGGAAGUCUUCAAGAAGGAAUGGACUACAGAGAACUGAAACUGAUGAAGGCAGUCAUUCUUAUAAACUACUCUAUGAUGUGGUGUAUCCCAGUCUAUGUGAUAGGAACAUUUUCCAGAACGUCCUCCUUAAUGAAGUUCUUUACCAUGCAGAAAGCAUUAAGAAAAAUUUCCUGGAUACUCUCAAGGAAGAGGAAUCUAAACUUAUUCAUGUCACCAGUAAUCCACUACAUUCCUGCAGCACCAAGGAACAGGCCGUUAUUGAUGGAGGUGGAGAUAAUGACGUUUGUCGGAAGGGAAAUACCAUUUACAUUCCUCUUGCAAAACUCUUCUCUUCCCCUAAAGUACAAGCAGUGUGCAGCUCUUUUAAGCGCUUGAAGGAGGUGCUUUUGGAGAGUUCCCAAAUUCAACUGACAAGUGAUGCUUCAGCUUUGAUGUUGGUAGUUGAGGAUGAAGAUAGGUCUGAUCAGGAGGACUGGGAAGAAUGCGAGGAUAUAAGCUAUAGUGAAACUUUCAUAUCAGUGGCUGAGUGUGAGGAGGACUGGGAGGAAGAACUCUGUCAAAACUUGGAAAGUAUUUGCCACCCAAUUCCAUCCCCCUCUUCAAGCAAUAACAACUUCCAUUGAUGUAGUGAAGAGAAUAAUGACAUGUGGGAACAAACAUACCAUUGUUUUCACCAGUUGGCAUAGGAUUGAAACUUAGUGGGAAGUUAGUUAUUGGUUAAUCUCUCAUACUUCUGAAGCCAAGCAGAUAUUUUCUCUGGAUUUGAGUGGAGAUUCCUAGUAUUCUGAGCAUUUAGUUCACUUAAUUUCUGUAAGUGCAUAUUUUGUCUGCAAAAAACAUUUUGUGUCUUUGGCCUAACCAGCAUUUUUUUUUCAGUUUUGAAAAGAUGGCAGUAUUCAUGUUCAACAAAGACUAAGAAGCAGUAAGCUCUUCAACAUCUGUUUUAAUUGCAUGUAUUUGAUGAUUAUAUCAAAAACUCUGUUGUAAGUUAAGGAAUUGUCUUUUAACACUACAAAACUAGCAGUUGUAGCUUAUGAUAUAGGCUGUUAUUGUGUAAUUAAAUCUGUUCAGUGCAUUAAGUCAACGAUUGUACGUAUCAAUUAAUAUAUCUUGGAGGAUAUAAUCUUCAACUCUGCUGAUGUGGUGUUUUUUCAAACUAAUAAACAUGGUGAUUUUUUUAAA